UGAAAUAACUUCUUUAUUGAGAGUUUUUGCAGAACAAAAAUACAAACAAAGGCGAUAUAUUGAAAAACAAAAAUAAAACCUCUUUUAAUUUAAUUUAUAAUGCAAAGCCAGAGUAUAAUAAAAUAACUCAAAUUAAUCAACAUGCAUGAGAAUGAUUCAGGAGGUGAUUGCAUUUUAUGAUAAAUCCUACAACAGCACAUCGUGCUCUUAAAGCAUUUUCACCCUGUUUUUCCAUCUUCCUCUCUUACAGGGCAAGUGUACACUCAUGCGUAAACACACAGACCUUUGAAGUGGCCCUCUGUCACCACAUGGCAAAUCCCCCUGGUGUGAUCCCUCUGUCCAUUUGGCCACAGGACCGACACUGACAAGCAUGCAGUCAAUGGGAAUCCCACUGUGGAGCCCUUUCCAGCAUGCAUGGAGACCAUCAUGUUCGGUUUAGGCUGUUUCUGGGGAGCUGAGAGACUUUUCUGGCAGCUUCCAGAAGUCUUCUCCACGCAGGUUGGCUACGCCGGUGGCUUUACACCCAACCCCACUUACCACGAGGUUUGCUCAGGUCUGACGGGUCACACUGAGGUGGCGAGGGUGGUCUUUUCCCCAAAAGACGUCAGCCUUGAGGAACUGCUCAAACGUUUUUGGGAACGCCACGAUCCUACUCAAGGUAUGAGGCAGCAGAAUGACCGCGGUACUCAGUAUCGUUCAGCCAUUUACACGUCCAACCCCUCUCAACAGGAGCUUGCAUUGAAGAGCAAAAUGGCCUUCCAGCAGGAGCUGGAUAAAAAAGGCUACGGUCAAAUCACCACAGAGAUUCUGGAGGGGCAGCAGUUUUACUACGCUGAGGACCAUCACCAGCAGUACCUGAAGAAGGUACCUAAAGGCUAUUGUGGCCUCAAAGGCACCGGAGUCUCCUGUCCCAUUGGAGCCGGGAAGGAGGAACUGUGAAAUGUGUGAAUAUGGUGUCAGAAUCCACUUUACUAUUAUGUGUACCCUAAAAGGAAUUUUACUCCGGAUUAAAUUAAAUUAAAUUAACUAUG